UUGACUGAGUUUCUUCCUCAAAACGGCUCUUUUAAGAGCCACCCACUAAUUCAUAUAAAUGAGCAAAACUUUGUGCAGGAUUUGAGUUUAUUUUUCUUGUUUUCGUAUUUGUUUAUUGUGACUCAGAGUUCACAAACCGAAAGCAAAACUUCUGAUGAAACAAAUGUGUAUUAUGCAGCGUCACUUUCACCCCUCCUGACAAGUCUGUGACGAGUUAAAUCACUGUUUAAAAUCAAGUUUAGUGCAAUUACUUGAUUGUUUUAUACGUUUGAUUCAAUUAUAUUCAAUCGAUUAUACAUUUCUGUUCAUUAAAUUUCAGGUUUAACGGCAUCAAAGAAAAGAGCUCGUACACUUACUGCCUCACUAAACCACACAAGAGUUUAGUUUUCAAAUACUAGUAAUAAUAACUGAAGAAGACUCUUAACCAAUAAGUUCACCUCAUGUAUAACAUGUUUAUUAAUACAUAACUAAUAAUAAUAAUUAAAGGAGCAGUAAAUGACAAGCUCUUUUUUUCUAAACACCUUACACACAUUAUUCUGGUGUGCUUGUAAACUAAUAAUAAUAAUGAUUAUUGUUUAUUACAGUAUCCUCUGAGUUAAACACAUGCUUGCAAGGCACUCGUCAUCAGAAAGAGGGAGGAGUUUAGUGUUUGGAGGUAAAUGCUGUGAUUGGUUAGAAUGUUUCACAGACUCGAGCCAAUGGGCGACUGACAGUCUCCUUUUAAUACUGGAAACAUCUGCACAUGAGCAAAUAUCUUCUUCUAUUUCACAUUUUGAAGUUUUGUAACAGUCGCGAUAAUGAGUGGCAGAGGUAAAACCGGCGGCAAAGCGCGAGCAAAGGCUAAAACUCGUUCCUCCAGGGCGGGACUGCAGUUCCCCGUCGGCCGUGUGCACAGACUUCUCCGCAAAGGCAACUACGCUCAGCGUGUCGGUGCCGGUGCUCCCGUUUAUCUGGCCGCUGUGCUCGAGUAUCUCACCGCUGAGAUCCUGGAGUUGGCCGGAAACGCCGCUCGGGACAACAAGAAGACUCGUAUCAUUCCCCGUCACCUGCAGCUGGCAGUGCGGAACGACGAGGAGUUGAACAAACUCUUGGGUGGAGUGACCAUCGCUCAGGGUGGGGUGUUGCCCAACAUCCAGGCUGUGCUGCUGCCCAAGAAGACCGAGAAACCCUCCAAGACCAAGUAAACCAACCCCAGUCUGUUUGCCUGACCCCAACGGCUCUUUUAAGAGCCACACAC